AUGUGAAGGAGAAAAUUGCACUCCUGGAAAAGAAUACACUAAUCUGGAAGGAACUGCCAAUUGGAGAAAAGCAGUUCAAACUGAUAGAAAAAGAGUUUAGUCGAGAAAUGCAAACACAUUGCCCAGAAGUUAAAAUAUACAGAGGUAAUGCCAUGAUCACAUUAGAGGGCCCUGACAACCAGGUGCAUUCAGGAGCUACAAAACUUGGUGACCUGAUGAAAAAAGUAGCGGAAAAGAGAAUGAAGCUCCCGACAGAUUUGAUGGUCUUCAUAAAAUCCAGUGAUGCCAUCUCUAAGUACCAGGCUCAUUUCCAGCAGAGCCUCAAAAAAACAGUUUUCCUAGAGGCUGUAUCUGACCUGGUCCUGUUCAGUUUGUCCUCUGGCGCUCUGGACGAGGCUGAGGCAGCAAUAAUGAGAGACCUGAGUGUGGACACUGUGAAACUGCAGGGUGCUGCAGCUAUACCUCCAGGUCUUGAUAGUGUGAAGGAAAUUCUCAUUAAAACCAAAGACCUGGUGAACAGUCGAAGGUUCAGAGUGGAUGUCAGCUUCAUCCCAGGACUCACUGGAACCACAGAGGUACGACUUGUGGGGUACAGUGAAAAUGUGAACAAGCUGAAAGAGGUUCUGCAUGACUACCAGAUGAACCAUAUCAGGACACAAGAGACAUUGAACCUGUCUCCUGAACUGGUCGACUGCUUUGAUAAAGUAUUAGACCUGAUUGGGAUGAAGCAGACCAAGGUGACAUUAAACGCCUCACAUUUUCCAUGUGCUUGUGUGUCCAUUUCUGGCCCUCGUUGCCUGGUCCAGGAAAGUAAGGCAACCUUAAGCACAGCUCUAGCCAGUCUUACAUCAGACACACUGAUUCUUGAAGGACCAGGAGCUCAGCGGUACUUCCAAUCAGACGGUAAAGUGAGCAAGGAGCUGGUGGAGAGUUCUUGUCAUGUUCUCAUCACUGAACAGCAAAAAGUGGACUCCCCAGAUGUGAACACUCUACCACUAACCACAAGUCUAAACAGACCCAGCCUUUCCAUCACAGGAGGGUGCUGCAGCAUGGAGGUCAACACAAUCAAUCUAGCAAUCAAGCUUUGCAGUUUGAUAGAUGAGCAGGUGGAUGUGUUGGUGGUCCCCAUGAUCAACAAAAAGCUGACUUCUACUAAAAUUGGUGCAGAUCUGUUGAGGAAAGCAGGCGAUGCAGUCAGGAUAAAUUUUGACCAGAUGGCAGCCAGGUGUAACGUUGUCCCUGGUGAUGUCCUGGAGGUUGAUGGGUCUCGAUCUCUGAGCUGCUCCAAAAUCUAUUUCAUUGAAUGUCUGCCAUGGGAUGGAGUCAGAGGGCAGAGUGUGCAGGCUCUUGGUAAUGGGCUGAGAAAGUGUCUGGACCUCUGUGUACAGCAGGGCUGGUGUUCAGUGGCCUUCCCAGUUAUUGGACCUGGAAGGGUGUUAAAAUACCCACUGACAGAAGCCAUUCAAGUUUUGAAUGAGAACAUUCGGCAGUUUGGAUUAUCUACAUCUUCUGGGUCUCUCUCCAACAUCCACAUCGUCAUUAAACCUGACUAUCCUGACUCUGAGUGCUACCAUGAGGUCUACCUUAGCUUCAGCAUGACCCAGGGAGGCCAAGUAACCUUCAGGUCCCUCAGUAGUGACCUUGAUGACAUCAACAUGACAGUGGGGGGCAGGGUUAAACUACAGCUGGUGUUUGGCAACAUCAUUAAUGAGAAAACAGAUGCCAUUGUGAACAUUACUGACUUCACUGAUUUUGUGACAGAUAGUUUGUGCAAAGAUAUCUUAAAUGUGGCUGGACCAGAUGUGGCAACGAUACUAAGAAACGGAACUGGUGGGUUAGACCCUGGUGUUGUGGCAUCAGCCAUGCUCCGAGGCUUAAACACCGCCAUGUCAACCACUGCUCUCCACUGUCUCACCAACAUCCGCCUAGUCCUGAUUAACAUCAAUGCUUUCCUGGUGUUCAAAAAGCAAGCAAUGCAGUUGUUUCCCCAUAAGGAAAUCAAGACAGAUUUAAGCUUCCUCCAAACCAGCUCCACAAGUCAACAGCAGUCCAUCUUCAAUUUCCUGGGUCUUUGCAAAAAAAAUGUUGAUGAUGCCAUGAAGAAGCUGAAGGACCUGUAUCUGACUCAAUGCUCCACACACACAUUCACUAAGGAGCAGCUGGAAAGCCUCACCCAGAACAACAUGAAGGAUCUGAAGCAGCUGGUGGAGACUGUGGGUCUCUCCAUUCAGUGGGACCAGUCUGGCAGCUUAACAGUGAGAGGGUUAGAAGAUAGGGUCAGACAAAUGAUACAGAUGAUUCACACUAUCAGUAACAUUAGGAGAGAGAUGACAGUCAGGGAGGAGGAAGAAGAUUUAUACACUCAUGUGGCAUGGUGCAUCCAGCAACACAGCGGCAACUGGGAGAAACUCCCCAAAAUUGCCCAUCGCAAGCUGGAAAGCAGUGAUGUAAACGAAGAAAUACUGGACGCACGGGGCAUCCCAUGGAGUGUGGAUCUAAAGAGGAUGGAGGCCAAAAGACGAGUAACUGGACAGUCAGCAAAACUUAAACGACUUAAUAAUCUGCCAGACCUCACUCUUCCCCUGUACUGGGACAACAUGGCUACUGGUGAAAAUCUGAAGGUGGUCACACUGCAGCCUUCCUCUCCGGAGUACCAGACCGUGGAGAAAGCCUUCAAACAAACUGUCACCCAGACUGUAAUGAAGAUCGAGCGUUUGCAGAAUGUUCAUCUGCUUCGUGCCUAUCAAGCACAGAAGAAGAACAUGUCUGAUAAGAAUGUACACUGUGGUGGAGCAGGUGAAAAGCUUCUGUACCAUGGCACAGCCAAGAACAACUGCAUCCCUAUCAUGAAAAAUGGGUUCAACAGGAGCUUUGCUGGAUGCAAUGGAACUUUAUAUGGUGAUGGAACCUAUUUCGCCGUAAACGCCAGCUUGUCAGUCGGUUACUCCAGUCCAGCUCAUGAUGGUUCUCGGUCAAUGUUCGUGGUCCGAGUCCUGACUGGUGUCUACGAUGCAGGCCACAAAAGCAUGAAGGUGCCUCCUCCUCGCAGUUACCAGCAGCCCCAUGACCUCUAUGACAGUGUGGUGGACCAAAUACACCAACCAGACCUAUACGUUGUGUUUCAAGAUAAUCAAGCCUACCCGGACUACCUCAUCACCUUCAGGUGAAGUGAUGUAUUUUCCACUGUGCAAAGGCCACAAGUGUAGGAAAAUACAGUCGUAGUCUUAGGAAUAAUAUAAAAUAGUUAUGUUUUAAUGCAAGUCUGGGGAGUAACUAGUUACAUGUAUCAAGUCACUGUAAUUAAAUUGGAAAAUAAAUGUAAUUGUAAUCUCUUAGUUACUGAGAAAAUAUAUGUAAUUCAUUUACAAUUACUAUGUUUUCAGAAACCAAAAAAAGAGAGAUUUUUUUCAUUUCAAAAUGGCUCACCCUAGUUUUGCAUUGAUGUCUCUUUUGCAGCUAGGAAGAUGGACACCUUAUUUCACUACAGCAUGUGAACACAACUUGUCCUGUGCCUUAGCCUGUUCACUACUAACACCAGUUUACAAGCUAGUUAGCCAAUUAGCUACUCAGCUGCAGUGCAUUAAACAGAUGGUAAACUUUCUUGCAAAUGUUACUUUAGUCUGUUUGAUGCUGAUGUAGUCUUUAUUUUUAAAUACCACUAACACUACUGUCCAUUACAUGCACAGUAGGUUGCAGAGCAAGUCUGUUUACCAGCAGAGGUGAGCCUGUCAGGUACUGUCAUUCAAACAGCUCAGCCAAAAGAGCAUUUUUCACAACAAUCUUUUCUUUUUCUUUCUUUCUGAACUAAAGAAUAUAUUAAUUAUUCCUGGGCUGCUUUAUCUCGGAUACCAGCGAGUUAAAACCUCUAGAAUAG